AAAAUUAUAAACAAAUACUUUUUAACAUAUUUAAAUCGGAAAAAUAAAUUUUAAUUCUUUAAAUCGAAAAAAGUAUCAAAUUUUGUACGAGGGGUAUUUUAAUUUUAAAAAGUGGUGCAAGAGUAAUCGAGAAACAAUGCGAAAACAGAAGAGAGCACGAAAACGAAUGGAGAGAAAAUCAGUGAUCGAAUCACUGAUUGAAAAAUCGAUAAGUGCAGUGAAAGAAGGUCGAGGAAGAAUAAAAAAAAAUUGUGGAGAAUAGAAAGAAAAAAAGAAGAAAAAAAAAAAAAAGGAAUUGGCGUGACGUAAAGGGAGUGGUGCGGUGAAAGAAGCAGCUCGAUCAGCAGAUCGACUGGCCUCUCGUGGAAGAUUCACAACUAAGAUGAAUGAGAGUGAGGUCUAUUUACUUGGAGGAUUCGACCAAGAGGCACCAAUAUUAAAUGAACUCGAUUUAAAUCGAAGUUAUUACAAUAGCACAAGCAUCAGUGAUAGUAGUGUUAGUGGUAGUAAUUUUAAUAGAAAUAAUACACCAUGGAGUGUUGAUAAUGUUAAUAAUAAUAAUUUAUGGGAUUUAGCAACAGAUCGCGCUGGUUUAGCUGUGGUAUUACUUUUAUUUUCUGUUGCAACUGUUUUUGGUAAUAUGCUCGUAAUAUUGGCGGUAAUACGUGAACGUUAUUUGCAUACGGCGACAAAUUAUUUUGUCACAUCAUUGGCAUUUGCCGAUUGUCUUGUUGGUUUAGUGGUGAUGCCAUUUAGUGCAAUUUAUGAGGUACUUGAAAAUCGAUGGCUAUUUACAAUUGAUUGGUGUGAUGUUUGGCGUUCGCUUGAUGUAUUAUUUUCGACAGCAUCAAUUCUUAAUUUAUGUGUAAUUAGUUUGGAUCGUUAUUGGGCAAUAACUGAUCCAUUUACUUAUCCAACGCGUAUGAGUCGUAGAAGGGCGGCUAUUUUAAUUGGAAUUGUAUGGAUAUGCUCGAGUGCAAUUUCAUUUCCUGCAAUUGCAUGGUGGCGCGCUGUUAGAACUGAGGAAGUGCCAAAGGAUAAAUGUCCAUUUACUGAACAUUUGGGUUAUUUGAUAUUUUCGUCGACAAUUAGUUUUUAUUUGCCAUUAUUUGUUAUGGUAUUUACAUAUUAUAGGAUAUAUAGAGCGGCGGUGAUACAAACGAGAAGUCUUAAAUUGGGUACAAAACAAGUGAUGAUGGCAUCGGGUGAAUUGGAAUUGACAUUGAGAAUACAUAGAGGUGGUGGUACAAAUGCUGAUGCAAGACAUUUAUUUCGUACUGCAUCGAGUACACCUGAGGAUUUACAAGAUUUAGAAGAGCCAUUAACUGCAUUACAUAAUAAUGGAUUGACGAGGUUACCAUCGGCAAGAUUAAAUAAUAAACAAAAUAUGGGCAAAAAUUUUUCACUAUCGAGAAAAUUGGCAAAAUUUGCUAAGGAAAAGAAAGCAGCAAAAACACUUGGCAUUGUUAUGGGUGUGUUUAUUGUUUGUUGGCUGCCAUUUUUUGUUGUGAAUUUGUGGUCAGGAUUUUGCAGCAAGUGCAUUUGGCAGGAGGAAAUUGUAUCGGCGGCUGUCACGUGGCUUGGUUGGAUCAACAGUGGAAUGAAUCCCGUGAUCUAUGCGUGCUGGAGUCGUGAUUUUAGAAGGGCUUUUGUCAGGAUAUUGUGCGUCUGUUGUCCGAGAAGAAUGCGACGACGUUAUCAACCUGCCUUUAGAUGUAAACCUAGUCAGUAUACGUCGGGAAUGGGAGCGGGCGGACAGGCAAGCAGUGUCAGCUACAGUAGCGUUAGUCAGAGCAGUGAUGGUGGUGUUUGUGCCCCUCCGCCUGGACCACGUGGUAGCAGUAUAUGACGACAACCUGGGCCCCGACUUGGGCCACGACGUGAACGUGCUAUUCGCUUUCGGGACACGUGAUUGUAAAGGAAUUCUAAACGAAUUCAUUCCAUUAAUCCCGAACUCAAACUAUUUCCGCACAAUCAUCCUCUCGAACGGAUCAAAAAAAAAAAAAGAAAACACAACCUUCUUUUGAUGGAUUUUCCCAACCUUCUUCAAAUUCGCGCUGAUAUGUUUUUCCAAAACAGUGGGAAAAAAAGGAAUAACAUUUUUUUUUACAGCCAAACUUUUUGCCGGAAAAAUAGGUGGAAAACUCGAUUUAUAAUUUUCCAAGGUGGGAAAUUUUAUUGACGGGAAAAAAUUGAUUUCUAAUAUUUUCCAAGGUGGAAAAUGUAAUACAAAAAUAGGGAGGAAAUAAUGUAGGUGGAAAAUUUUUCCUGAAAAAUAGGUGGAAAACUCGAUUUAUAAUUUGCCAAGGUGGGAAAUUUUAUUGACGGAAAAAAAUUGAUUCCCGAUAUUUUCCAAGGUGGAAAGUGUAAAAUAGGAGGAAAAUAAUAUAGGUGGAAAAUUCCAGAUGGAAAAUUACAUAGCAAUUUUAAACAGUGAAAAAAUUGCCAAAAUAAAAAAUAUUAAAAGUGGAAAAACUACUGAAUAUGUAAGGUGGAAAAUGUCAUUUUCAUAGGUUGGACCUCAAAUUGUAAUUUUCUAGAAAAGAAAAUUUUCAAUUUGGAAAAUGCUAUAGCUUUGGAAAAUUUCAUAGGAGUGGGAUUUUUUUGAAAUGGUAGAAAAUUUCCAAAAGGUGGAAAAUUCUACAGAAGAAAUUUCAAUGAGAAGGAAAACUUGUAAUAUUCAUGAAAGUGGAAAAUGACCGUUCAAAAUCAUAGGUGGAAAAUUGUGGGGAAAAAACACAUGAAGGUGGAAAAUCCUGUAAAUUAAAUUGUCAAUAAUGGAAAAUUCGAAUAUUUUUAGAAUUCAUAAAAAAAAAAUACGUAAAUUUCAAGAGACUGUGGGAGAAUCAAGAAAAAAAAAACCAAAUGCAUCGCGUGUCUUCCAUGCUGGGAAAUUUUUGUGUGUGCAAAUUUCGCGCGCACCUCGUGAAAAUUUACAUAGAUACACUUACAUCCCGCAAAAAUAAGACAAUUGUUUCGUCUAACAACUUAUUUCCCCCGAGACUCUCUAAGCCUUCCAAUUCUCGAAAGCAAAAUGAUACUGUGUGUGUUCGUCUUUUUUUUUUUUUUUUUCAAAUGACUUUUCGAAAAGUUUCUUCCGAAAUGGAAAAAAAAGGGAGGAGCAAACGGCAACUUUUCUUCUUCCAGUGCUGUGAUGUAUGUGUGUGUGUA